AUGAGUGAAACUUUGGUGUGUCUUGUGCCAAAGACUUUACAACCUGAAUUGCCUGAUCAAUUCAGGCCUAUUGCCCUAUGUACAGUUAUUUGUAAGGUUGUUACAAAAAUAAUUGCAUCAAGGGCCAUCUCUGAUAAUGUGUUGAUUGCUCAUGAGCUCUUCCAUUACAUCAAUAAAAUGAAGAAGGGUAAGAGGAAACUGGUAGCAUUGAAGCUUGAAAUGAAAAAAGCAUAUGACAAGUUGGAAUGGCCAUUCAUUAAACAUAUGUUCCUGAAGAUGGGUUUUUCAACACAUUGGGUUAAUAUGGUUAUGGCUUGUGUAUCAUCGGUUUCCUAUCAUAUUCUUAUCAAUGGAGCACCAAGGGGUACUGUUAUCCCUUCUCAGGUUAUUCGUCAAGGGGAUCCUUUAUCACCAACCUUGUUUAUUCUGUGCUCACAUGCUUUGAGUUGUUUGCUUAUAAAGGCUGAAGCUACAUGGACUAUUAAAGGUAUAAGGGUUCGUAAUCGAGCCCCACCGAUUACUCAUCUCUUGUUUGCUGACGAUAGCCUCCUUUUUGCUGAGGGUAAGAUAGAUGAGUUGUAUACUUUGAAGACCUGUUUGGCUACAUAUUGUCAAGCUUCUGGCCAGGAGAUUAAUUUGAAGAAGUCCUGUAUGACCUUUUCUCCAAAUACACGUCCUCGUAUUAAGAGGUGGUUUUCAAGGGUAAUGAAGGUGCCAUAUGGAUCUGGACCAAAGAAGUAUUUGGGUCUCCCUAUAGAUUUUGGUGUUUCAAAGGCAACCUUAUUCCAAGAUCUCUCUAAUAAGGUGCGUCAAAGGGUUGAAGGUUGGAAGUCUAUGCUUCUCUCACAUGCUGGCAAGGAGGUUUUACUGAAAUCUGUGGUCACCUCUCCUAAUCCAAAUUUACCUUGGCUAAGGAAGGUUGCAGACCUUAUUGAUCAAGCAACACAUACUUGGCAUAGUGAUGUGCUUUCAGCCUAUUUUAAUGAUGCUGAUGUUGGAAGGAUUAUGAAUAUUAAUUUGUCCAUUUUUGACCGCCCUAAUAAGUUGGUGCGGGUAGCGAGUAAGAAUGGUGUUUUUUCAGUCUGCAUUGCCUAUCAUCUUCUCUCCAAUAAAGAGACUGCUCAUCGUUUGACUUUUUCUACUUCAUCUAGGUUACAUUCUUGGAGUACUAUUCCUUCAACUGUUUGGAAAUCAAUUUGGAAUUCCCAAACUUUGCCCAAGGUUCAACGUUUCUUAUGGCGUGCCUGUGCCCAUGGUCUUGCGACAGGUGAUGCCCUAGUGCGACGCAAUGUUCAUGCAGAUCCUCUAUGUGUUCGAUGUGGGGAAUGUGAGACCAUUUCUCAUAUUCUUUUGGGAUGUUCCUAUGCUCGUGCGGUGUGGUUUGGUAGUCCACUUGGUUCUAACUAUUUAUUGAAUGCUAAUCUGGAAUUUUCAAAUUGGAUAGCUGCAUGGAAAUCAUUCUCCUCUUUGGGAAAGAAGGAAUCCAAAUCAUUGAUUACUCUAUGUAGUUUUUUCUGUUGGCACCUAUGGCUAUCUAGGAAUGAUUUGGUAUUUGGGCGCAAGACUUGGCAACCUAAUGAAGUAAUUACGGCAGCGUUGAGGGCAUUCCAUGAGUAUAGGGUUGUACAUAUGGCUGGACUAUCUACUCCUGCAACACCUAUUGCAUCACCUCCCCAAUGGUUAGCACUUGUAGCAGGUACGGUGAAAUGCAAUUGUGAUGUUAGUUUUUCAGCAUCUUUAGCCAAGGCAGGUGUGAGUUUUGUAUGUAGGGACCACAACGGUUUGCCGCUUAAAGCUGUCUCUUGUCCAUCUUCUUUCUCGGACAUUUUGAUUGGUGAAGCUCUUGCUGUUCAGUUGGUGAUGCAAGAGAUGGUUGCAAAUGGUUAUGAGAGGGUUGUUAUUGAGUCUGAUAGUAUGAGUCUUAUUACCUACAUUGAGAAUGGUGGCGGUGUGACACCUUUCCAUGUUAAGACUCUAGUGGACGACAUCAUUUACCUUUCUUUAUCUUUUGUAUCUUUUGUGUUCCUCAUUGCCUCCAUGAGUUUUGUAUGUAGGGACCACAACGGUUUACCGCUUAAAGCUGUCUCUUGUCCAUCUUCUUUCUCGGACAUUUUGAUUGGUGAAGCUCUUGCUGUUCAGUUGGUGAUGCAAGAGAUGGUUGCAAAUGGUUAUGAGAGGGUUGUUAUUGAAUCUGAUAGUAUGAGUCUUAUUACCUACAUUGAGAAUGGUGGCGGUGCGACACCUUUCCAUGUUCAGACUCUAGUGGACGACAUCAUUUACCUUUCUUUAUCUUUUGUAUCUUGUACUUUUGUUUGUAUUUCACGAGAGAUUACCAGCGUGACUUACUCCUUGGUUAGGAGGGCUUUAUCAUUAACAUGCAUACCUGAAUGGCCCCUAUCCUUUCCAUGA